AUGGACAAUACCAUUCCAUCCCCAGUCCAACCUGAUCAACCGACGUCCGAGAAAGAAGACGUAAAAAUAACGACUAAUGAAGCGCCUGAGGCCAUCGACGCACUGCAACUAGAUGAAUUCGAAGAUAAUUCCAAAAUACCCAAACUUUCAUACCUUCACAUAUACCUUACAUUCGUCAAUCAUGGGGCUCGCGCGUGGGGAGGACCAGUUGCUCAAAUAGCAAAUAUUCAAGAAGCAUUUGUAACCCAACAAAAGUGGAUUACCCCCGCCAGGUUCAAUAGAGUUUUUGGAGUAUACCAAAUACUUCCUGGUCCAGAAGCGACUGAAUUGGCCAUGUAUUUCGGGUGUUUGUCUCGAGGGAGAAUAGGAGGAGUUCUUGGGGGGCUGGGUUUUUGCACACCAGGGUUUUUGUUGAUACUUUUAUUUUCUUACAUUUAUUAUUUAGUUGGUAUAAGCAAUACUUAUUUUAAUGCUUCGUUUAGAGCUUUGCAGCCUAUAGUAGCAGCAAUGGUCUUGAGAGCUGUCCAUAAGAUAGGCAUGCAUGCAUUUAUAUCUCAUAAAACGAAAAAAUUUAAUUGGUUCCUCGUCGGUCUUGCUGUUAUGUCUGCCUUCUCGUCGGCAUUACGCAUAAACUUUUUCAUUUCAUUAGGCUUGGGUGGAAUAAUAUUUGUGUUGAUAGACAGGAGAUUGUAUUGGGCGGCAGCACUUUUAUUUGCGUUGCAGUAUGCAGUGUUUGGUAUAAUCGUCAAAUUCAAAGGAUGGCCUGAACCAACUUCAUUGGGUGUUGGAGUCGCGAAAGUGACCGAUCCUGGUCAUAUUUUUGGGCUUGGGCUUUUGGCUGGCAGUCUUUCAUUUGGUGGCGCAUACGUAAGUAUGAAAUGGUUCGGAAGAUACAGACACAGGGUGACUGAUCCCACGCGACCGAGUAUGACGACCAUACCUUUUCUCAAAACUGAAGCGGUAGAAAUCGGCAAAUGGUUAAGUAAUCGGGCAUUCCUCGACGCCAUUGCGAUAGGGAAUAUACUUCCGUCGCCACUCGUAAUGUUUUCCACGUUUCUCGGGUUCCAGUCGGGAAUCAACUUUGGUGGAGUGGGCUGGGCAUUUAUCAACGCUGUCUUGAUCACUUUGGGCAUCUUUCUCCCGUGUUUCCUAUUUACUAUACUUGGUCAUCACCAACUGGAACGGUUGGUCCGAAAUAAAGCAAUGGCAGCGUUCUUUGAUGGCAUUACAGGGACUGUGGUUGGUAUCAUUGCGAUAACUGCAUUAGAUUUGUUAAAAGGAUCGCUGACUUUUGUGGGUCCAGAUGAAGCUAUUAAUAGUGAAACGGGUUUGAGCGUACAAGAUAGAUUGAGUAGAUUGGAAUCAAUAGAAUCGCAGAGUGCCAUUGCUGCUGUGUUGUAUGUAUUAUCGCUUGCUGCCCUAUAUUCUUUCCGCCACAAGUAUACGGCAUUGUUAUUGGUUAUAUUCGGGGCCAUUGUUGUAAUUCCUGUAUAUUCAAAUAAUACCAUAUACACAACACCUACGACGUUUGUUGGUUUCAUGAGGUCUGGAAUUCCAUUUAACGACAACGAGAUCCCAUACCGUGAGGGUUCACCGAUCCAGUUACUUAGAUACGUGAGAGACCGGGGAGACAACUCGCGGUCAGGAGGCAUUCAAGUAAUUGAAGAUGCAUUGACUAUUAUUAAAGAAAUCGAGGAACCGGUUGCAGUCAUUUCUGUCGCAUCAAACUCGGUUCAGGAAUUCUUCAGCGACUUUGAUGUGUACCCUAUAGCACAUCCCGGCGUUUUAUCAGACGAUCUCAGAUCACUUGACACUCUCGAUCCAUCUCGCUUCUCUCAAGAAUUCAAAAGGACAUCAACCGAAGCUGUAAAGUCUAUAUUGUCCAAGCUUGCACCGAGAUAUAUGGGGCCGGCUUACAUGAACGGCAUUAUGUUUUCUGAAUUUCUCGAACGCUCUGUCAGACAACUGAACGAUCCUGCGAACGAUGGCAUGCUCGCGGUCCCUUCUGAAUACGAAGCUGUAAUUCGCUUCAUAGCAGACAAAUCUAUCCAACGUGCUAGAAAGCUGUACCAAGUUAUAAUGAAACGGAAACUACCUCCGUUGCCUAUACCCUGGGAAAAGUUUGCCGAUGUACAUGCCGAAGCUUUUUCAGAAGCUUUGGGAUCGCUAAUGGCAAUGUUGGCUGGGUCUGCGCGAAAGGUAAACGAGUUUGAGAACGAAUUCUGCGAAAAAGUUGAGAAAAUCAAGAGUGAGCAUCGAAGGAAAAAUGAGACAGCUUUAUGCGAGUUUCAUGAGAAUUUGGCAAGGAGGUUUUGGAACUCGUUUGUGAAUGUCGGACUACAAGAUGGUAACUUGUUUCGGACCGAAACAGACUUUAACCAAGCAAUUGAUAUCUUCGAAUACGAAUAUGUCAUGGCAAUGAUCAAAUCACCCGAGGCCACUCUUGUUAUAAAACGUUAUCGUGAAGUUCACUACCCUUCGGCCAUCAAUCUCCUCUCCCGCAACUGGUCGUCGAACACGAGAUUUGCCAAUAGGUCCUCUGAGCCGGACGCCGAACUUAAAAUUCUGGAUCAAAUUGUUGAAGAACGACGUCUUUAUGAUGAAUUAAAAUCAACCGAGCGCGAAGUUGAGAUAAAAAACCAAAAAUUUGAAGAAAAAGUUCAAAAGUUGGGAGAGAUUUUGAGAGAACAGAAAUUGAGUGAACAAGAAUUGAAACGCAUUAUAGCAGAAUACGAGCAAGUGCUGGCAAGCGUAAAGGCACAAAAUGCGACAAGAGUAAGUAAGCUGAAGGACCUUUGGAAUUCGAAAAAGAAGUAUGUUAAAUACGCAAUGAUGGGAUUAAGGGUUGCCGGCGCUAUUGCGGCUUUUGUAGCAUUCGUAAUAUGA